AUGGGACACCGAAAUAUUCAGUUUAACAAUUGUAUGAUCGAGAUGCAACCCGAUCGAGGCCAUCAUCACAUCCAUCUCAAUCCCGAACCGUGCAUUGCCUACUCGAAUUUACCAAACUACCCUCACCGGAAUAUCAACUUCCAUCCUGUUCCCGAACAACAUCACGAAAAUGCCUUGUUACUAUAUGCCAUGCCUCAGCAAAACCUGGACCUGAAUGUCUCCCCACCCACCACCCAUUACAACAGAAAUCCGUAUUUAACACUGCCAGCUUGCAUUAGUGACUUUCCCGUUCCAAUAAAUCACGUUUAUGGUGACAGUAUGAGGGGCGCGUUCAAGAGAAAGAAUUUCGAGGGUUCGUCGCCGUCUAAUCCUCAGUUCCAAAAUGCUCAGGUGGGGCCCAGCUCUUCCGAGAGUGAUUUGGUCGAGAAUGGGCCCACACGAAGCGUGAGGAACCGGGCUCGUGUCGUGGGGCCCCAUCGAGUUUACGCGGCUAUGCCCAGUGGCGUAGCCAGGUAG